CUAUAUCGUUCCCCUCCCCGACGCGGCCGCCGCCUCCUAUUGCUGUCUUCCUCCGCCUCUCUUCGGUCGAUCUCCUUCCCACGCUCGCUUGGCUCCGACGCCGCUGGCAGUUGCCUCGGAUUGGUCGCUAGGUCAAUUGAAUUGGAGGUCGAGAGAGGCCACUACGUGGUCGAAGCAUUUAGGGAUUUAGAAGCGAUGGUGGUGGGGCAGCAGGCGAGGAAGGCGAUGCUGGGCGAGUGUCCGAAGAAGGUGGCACGGCUGAUCGACCUGGUCAACCUGCCGUCCAACCUCAGGGAGUUCGCCGGUGGCCAAUCCCAGAUGGCUCAUCUCAGCUUCUUCAUCCGCGUCUGGUCACAUAUCAAGACCCACAACCUACAGGAUCCAAACAAUAAGAACUUAGUCAAUUGCGAUGACAAGUUGAAGAGCAUAUUGUUGGGCAAAACUCAAGUAGAGCUGUCCAAACUUCCAAUGCUAAUCAAUCUUCAUUUCCCGAAACCAUCAAAGUGAUUGUCCAUUUUAAUCUCCCUACUUUUGAGCCUCUGAGGUUGAUGGUACUGUCAGGCCAUGUUCAUUAUGAUGCCUCAUGACGAUAUCAUUUAGUUCAAGUAAAGAUUGCGGCCCCAAAUCCACCAUUUAAUCUUGACAAUCUAAUGAUGAUUUGCUCCGGUUCCAAGGAGGCAUUUGUG